AUGAUAGAACAGGUUUUAAUACCAGCAUUAGAUCAAGACAAGAUUUUGCGCUUUAGCGGUUCGAUGGUGCGACGACCUCGGAAACCGCCGCGGUCGGAAUACGAAAAGAAAGAAAGCUGGAAGUGCGUACCUCGCAAAAAAAUUUUGAUAGGAAGUGCGGAGAAGAUGUUGUCUAUACCCGAAGAUAUCAUCCCUUUACAGGGAAAUAUCAAGGCAAUGGAUUGGAACUGCAACAACAUGAUGGCUGUGUCCAAUAAUGAUUGCCUAAAUAUAUAUAAUAACGACGGCGAAAAGGUGACAUCCAUUGCCAUCCAAUGUAGUUCGGUGAUUUCUGAUGUCAAUCAAAUCACCGAUAUUAAAUGGGCCAGUGACGGCAAUAAAUUGAUAAUGUCUGUCUGCAUUCCUGAUAAACACGUCUCGAUGCUUGUGAUGUACGAUUUGAAAAAGCAGAAGAUUUUGUGGGACGUUAUGUGUAAAUGCUGGUUGGAAGAAAGAGGCUGCACUAUACGUUGCAUUUGUUGGUCAGCUUAUGAUCGUCAAAUCGUCACCGGAUGCGCCGGCAGAAUAUCAAUAUUCGAUGCUGACACGGGCAUGUUGCUGCGCACCAAACUCCAGCAUACGAAAGCCGAGAUCCUGAACCUGAGUUUUUCGCCAAAUUACAAGUAUCUCGUAUCGACCGCGGAGGACAAAAACGUUCGAUUAUUUUCCUGGUCGGAAUUGACUCCAUGUUUCAAUAUCAGAUUCUUUAAACCUGUAAAAGCGGUCGCUUGGCACCCGCAAAUGUCCGGCUUGCUUUGCAUAGGCGGAAGGGCCACCGGAUCGUUGUCAUUGUGGAAUGUCAACAAGUGUGUGAUGACGGCCUUUGUGCGCGCCAAAUUCAGUGGUCGUGUGGAAAAUCUCGCCUGGAAUAAAUUAAGCGGCGAGUUGGUCGUACAUUGGACUUACAAAGAAGAAGACAACGUGUACACCAUUGUCGCAGUGCUUGCCAGUUUCAAUCGAAUCGUCGAUGUGCUGCCAUUGGAUAAAGACAUGCGACUGUGCUUUAUGAAGUUCAAUGCCGCGCACGAACAACUGAUAAUACGACAGUGGGCCACACAAUGGUAAGCGGACGUCCUUGAUUCCGAUGAUAGUGAUCGAGACUCCUCGCCUCAUCCCUGUCCCUUCCCGGACACCUCCUCGCCUGAUUGGGCUGCGACGGAACUGGAUUGCAGGACCGGUCGCGCAGUCACGUGUCGAUGA